AUGCGCAAAUUGUAUAGAAGUAUAUUUGGAAGUAAUAUAGGACAAAUUGGUUCGAGUGCUAUACAACCAGGUGCAAUACAACCAAAAUUUCUAUCAACAAGUCGAACAUAUCGACUUGUUAUUGGUGAUACGGUAAUUUUACCAUGUGAAGUACAAAAUUUAGGUAAUUACGUAUUAGUAUGGCGUAAAGGAUCCACAUUAUUAUCAGCUGGUAACAUAAUGGUAACACUAGAUACAAGAUUUCGAUUAUUGGGCUAUCAAUUACAAAUUCGUGAAGUGGAUGCAAAAGAUGCUGGUGAUUACGUGUGUCAAAUUGGCGAUGGAACACCAGGGGAUCAAAUUCAUACCAUCGAAAUCUUAGUUCCACCAAGUGUUACAAUGUCCCCAGCCAAUGGACAUAUGACAGCCAGAAAAGGUGGUUCAGUGACAUUUGAAUGUAAAGCAACAGGAAAUCCAUCGCCAAGAAUUGAAUGGUCAAAGAAGAAUGGGCUUUUACCUACCGGUGAACAAUCUGUAAGCGGCUCCACGCUAACUUUAACUUCAAUUGAACGAAAAGAUGCAGGAACUUAUCAAUGCACAGCAUCAAAUGGUGUAGGCCAAGCGGUAUUUGCAACAGUGCAACUUCAUGUUCUUUAUCCACCUGAAGUAAGCACAGAUCGUAACUGGAUUCGUUCGGAUGGUGUUGAAGCACAAUUAAGUUGCAUUGUACAUGCUGAUCCGCAAGCUGAGAUUCAUUGGUAUCAGGAUUCAUUCCAUCUGGAGCCAACAGACCGCCGAACAAUGGAAACUCGCGGCAAUACACAUACGUUAAUCAUACGACAUUUACAAAAUUCUGAUUUUGGAAAUUAUAGUUGUUUAGUGGAAAAUUCACUUGGGCGUACUAAAAAAUAUAUUGAGUUAACAGGAAAACCAGGACCAGUAACAUUUUUGGGUGCUCCAUUUUCAAAAUGGCCAAAUUCUUAUAAUGUAUCAUGGCGUGUCGAUUCUUUACCUCCAUUACAAGAAAUCCGUUUACUGUAUCGGAAAUUACAAGUCAACGAAACAUACCAACAACCAGGCAAAUGGCACGAUAUUAUUUUGACACCCCCAGCAACGGAAACGUUGAACCAUGAAAUGUCCUACAAUAUACGUGACUUAGAACCAUCUUCAGUAUUUGAAGUAAUGAUACAAGCAAAAAAUCGUUUUGGAUGGAGUGAAUUGUCACAGUUGCAUCAAUUUUAUACACGUGGAUUAAAUGAAAUCAAUUCAAAUGAUAUUGAAGAUAUGGGUUUGUUGUUCAGUCUAUCAUCAUCAACAUUUAUAUUAAAUAAAAAUUUAAUCUAUUUCAUGUGUGGUCUUAUCUAG